AUGCCGCAUGUCAUCACUCGAACACCCAGGAUGGCCCAGGGCGGGCGUCCUGCGCGUCUGCCUGCAGAUAAGAGCACCUCUUCAAGUGUCACUCAAGUGAUCAUCAAAACACCAGGCAAGCAGGAAGACUUUACCAUAGCCGAUGACACCUCGGUGAGGCAGUUCAAGGAGAAGCUGUCGGCUCACUUUAAGUGCCAAGUGGACCAGCUAGUGCUGGUCUUCAUGGGCCGGCUUCUCAAAGACCACGACACACUGAGCCGAAGGGGUGUCCUGGAUGGACACACCAUCCACGUGGUCAUCAAGUCCAAACACGGCUCCAGAUCCCUAGCUCAUCCCACCCGGAACCCGUCCACCAAAGACCCCAGCCACCAGGACAGAACCAGGCAAGGAAACAGCACGGGGGUGGACCAGCCUGCCAGUGUGGGUCACAGCCCAGUGGAACCUGCUCUCUCAGUAGAGCCUGAUGUGCCUAAAGCACAUACCCGGGACCAGGAAGUAGGUCGUCCCGAGCACCUAACUCAGAUCCUGGAGGACGCUAGCACUCAGAGGCUUCUGUCCAACACAGACCUCAUGAGACAGUUCAUCUCAGAACACCCGGACAUGCAACAACUGAUGCAGCAGAACCCCGAGGUCUCACACAUCCUUGACAGUUCUGAGCUCCUGUGGCAGACGCUGGAACUGGCCAGGAACCUUGCUGUGAUUCAAGAGAUCAUGCAGAUCCAGCAACCCGCACCAAAUCGUGAACACCCUCGGAACCCACAGUCACGUGUGGGCUCAGAGUCCAUCCCAAGGGUACAGAACUCCCCCGGGCAAGGCUCUGCUGAUUUCAGCGAUGAGAUGCUCAACCCAUCGCAGGAUCCAUUUGGGGGCAACCCUUUCACAGCUCUCCUGGGAGGACAAGUGCCAGGACAAGUCCAGUCCUCACCCCCAUCUCCACCACCCCAGGAAUGGGGGGAGCAGCUCCCCCAGCUCCCUACAACCAGAGUCAUCUAUGCUAGCUCUUGUGCCUUCUCCUCCAUCACCCCAGCCAGCAGCACCCCAGAUAAGAGUCACCACACUUCCAGGGCCUUUACUUCCACGAACUCCACCAACAGCUGGAGUCACACUGGUACCGUAGAGAAGCCAGCUGGGAUACCAGUCUUACCGAGCGUAGAGGUCACCCAGCAGCCCCAGGCAGAAGAAAAAGAUGCCGCCAUCUCUCUAGAUAGCUCUGGCCAGAAAUUAGAAGAUGCUCUCCAGCUGUCAGAUGAGCCGAGCAGCUCCCCCAUCACAGCAAGCCUGAUGCAGCUGCUUUUGAACAACCCCUCGCUGGCAGCCCAGAUGAUGCUGGGCGUGAGUAUGCCCCAGCUGAGCCAACAGUGGCGGCAGCAGCUGCUGGCAUUUCUGCAGCAGACACAGCUCUCCGAGACGCUCAUAGCUCUUGGCAACCCUAAAGCAUCGCAAGCAAUAUUGCAGAUUGAGCAGGGUCUGCAGCUGUUGGCCACCGAGGCACCUGUUCUUCUGCCCUGGGUUGCACCCUACCUGUGGGGCCUGGGGUGGCUGCCUGCACCCAGUUGCAGCUACCCAGACACAGUGCCCUGGGCCUGGGACACGCCAGACAUGGCUGAGCCCAACGGGCCCGAGGCCUGCCACAAAUCUGGAACAGUCCUGCAGAGGCUACAGUCCCUAGCUGGAGACCCCGCCCACCUUCUACAAGCCCCUGAGAUUCGUUUCAGCAAGCAGAUGGAAUCUCUCCGGGCCAUGGGCUUUGGGAACCAGCAUGCCAAUUUGCAGGCCCUCAUUGCCACUGAGGGCGACAGCAGCGCUGCCAUCCUUAGGCUCAGGAGACCCCAGGCGUUCUAA